AAAUACAUAAUUAUAUAGAGUUACCAAGCAGACAAUUAUAAAUAGAUCAGAUGAGAAAAUAAUAACUGAACUUCAUAUUCAAAGUCAUGCUUACGUGUGCAAAAAUAUAUGGUUGACACUUUCUUCCUUAUGUGUGGCCAUUAAAAUGUUUUCUUUACCUAUGACCAUGACCAUGCUCUUCUAAAUCAAAUUUCAGUCUUAGAAAAUCACUUCACAAGUGCGGUCCUUGAUAUAUUGCGAAACACGCACUCUACGCGAUUUUAAUAAAAAAACAAUCAUGAUUUUCAAUAUUUUGAUGAUAAUUAUCAUCAUAUGUUUAUUAAUUAUUCUUGGAAUAAAAUUUUUGAAAAUUGUCAAAUGUCAUAAAUUUUUUAAAUUACAUGGAAUUCCCCAUCAAUCACCGUUACCAAUUUUUGGCAAUAUAUUACCAGUUUUAUUACGUCAAAUAAAUGUAAGCGAUUUAAUUAAAAAUUUAUACAACAAAUAUCCAAAUACAAAAUACUUUGGACUUUAUGAUUUUGCUAAUCCAGGAAUUGUAAUUCGUGAUAUUGAAUUAAUAAAAUCAAUUGGUAUCAAGAAUUUUGAAAAUUUCACCGAUCACGGUAUGUUUGGUGAGGAGCCAUGUGAUCCAUUAUUUGGUAGAAAUUUAUUUUUAUUAAAAGGCAAAAAAUGGCAUGAUAUUAGAUGUUUAUUGAGUCCUGCAUUUACAUCAAAUAAAUUGAAAUUAAUGUUUAAAUUAAUUUCACAAUGUGCAAUUAAUUUUACUGAAAUUUUAACAAAUGAAACAAAUGAAUUAAAAGAAAUGAAAGAGACAUUUGAUAAAUAUACAAAUGAUGUUAUUCUUAAUUGUGCAUUUGGAAUUAAUAUCAAUACAAUGAAAGAUCCAAAUAAUGAUUUUUAUUUAUUGGGUAAAAAAGCAACAAAUAUGGAAAAAUUGACAAUUAAAAUAUUUUUAAUGAGAGAAUUUCCAUAUCUUAUGAAUUUAUUUAAUAUCAAUUUAGUUGAUCCUUGUGUUUAUAAAUUUUUUAAAAAUAUCAUUAUGUCAACAAUUAAAAAAAGAGAAAUUAUGGGUAUAAUAAAAAAUGAUAUGUUACAAUUAAUAAUGAAUGAUAGAGGAAAAUUAAAUUUAACAGAGGAUGAAAAAAUUGCACAAGGAUUUGUAUUUUAUUUUGGUGGUUUUGAUGCAACAUCAACAAUUAUUUCAUGUGCUUCUCAUGAACUUGCAGUUAAUGUGAAUAUUCAAAGGAAAUUACAAGAAAAAAUUGAUUUAAUUUUAUGUGAAUUUAAUGGUGAUCCAACGUAUGAUGCAAUUAGUGAAUUUGAAUAUUUGGAUGCUAUUGUUAAUGAAACAUUAAGGAAAUAUCCAAUUCUCCCUGUUUUGGAUAGGGUUUGUACUAAGGAAUUUGAAUUUCCACCAACAACAUCAGAUGCUAAACCAUUUUUGGUACAACCUGGUAUGACAAUAUGGAUUCCAGUUAUUGGCUAUCAUUAUGAUCCAAUUUAUUAUGAGGAGCCAGAAAAAUUUAAUCCUGAACGAUUUUUAAAAAAUGGAACAGCAAAUAUUAAAUCAAUGACAUUUUUGUCAUUUGGUAUUGGACCAAGACAAUGUAUUGGCAGUAGAUUUGCAUUGUUAAAAAUUAAAAUUAUGUUAUUUCAUUUAUUGUCAAAAUAUAAUUUGAAAGUAUGUUCAAAAACAAAUGUUCCUUUAAAGUCAAGUAAAAAAACAUUGGGAUUUUUUGCUGAUAAUGGUUAUUGGAUGGAGUUGGAAAGAAGAAAAAAAAAAUUUCUUCUGUAAUUGAAUUUAUAAAUAAAGCUAUGUUUUUUUUUUGAGACUGAAAUUUGUGUAUUAUAAAUAAACAAUAAUUGAACUUA